CCUAGAACCUCACCGAUGACGGGGCCUGUCGGGAGGAGAAGAGACGCCUGACAGGUGGUUUUGAAGGCCCAGGCUGGCUGUGCAGGAAGCCCUGCGCAUGGAGUUAGUGAGGCGCCCUUUCAGGUGUAUCAAGCCCUUGGCCACAAACCCCUGGUCUCUUAUGCUUAUUGUCUUCUCUGUGCAACAUGCAUAUGGGAACGGAAAGAAGUUCACUGGUCCUUGUGCAGGAAGAGAUUGCUCUGUUUGCCAGUGCUUUCCUGAAAAAGGGUCUCGGGGACAACCAGGACCACCAGGGCCCCAGGGUCCUAUUGGACCGCUGGGACCUCCAGGACCCAUUGGGAUUCCAGGAGAGAAAGGGGUGCGAGGGGACAGUGGCCCUCCUGGAGCAGCAGGUGAACGAGGAGAUAAGGGUCCAACUGGUGUUCCCGGAUUUCCAGGUUUGGAUGGUUUACCUGGACAUCCAGGGCCCCCUGGACCCAGAGGCAAACCUGGCAUGAAUGGCUACAACGGCUCACGAGGUGAUCCAGGGUUUCCAGGGGAAAGGGGAGCCCCAGGCCCCGAAGGCCCCCCGGGCCUUCCUGGGGAAAUGGGAGAAAAAGGAAAUUCCGUGUUCAUUUUUGGUGCCAUUAAAGGUAUUCAGGGUGACAGAGGGGACCCAGGACCUCCCGGCUUACCAGGACCAAGGGGCGCGAGAGGACCGGCAGGCCCCAUGGGAUACCCCGGGGAGCCAGGGCCACCAGGACCUCCGGGCCGUCCUGGGAGUCCUGGUGUGAAGGGUCAUCCUGGCGUGGGAGUUAAGGGGCAAAUGGGAGACCCGGGCGAGGUUGGCCUACAAGGUUUUCCUGGACUGACCCUACUGGUAGAGACACCAUAUUCUUCUCUCUAUAAAGGAGAAAAGGGCGUGAAAGGAUUACCAGGAAGGAUUGGACCUCCGGGACCUCCAGGACCCAAGGGAGAACCUGGUCUUGGGGAAAAAGGAGAAAAGGGUGUUCCUGGCUUCCCGGGCCCUCGGGGCGAGCCUGGCUCCCAUGGGUCUCCAGGUUUUCCGGGAUUAAAGGGGGAACAAGGAAAUCCUGGAAAUCCGGGGCCAUUUGGAUUUCCUGGCCCAAAGGGAGACCCUGGAGAUCGCGGGCCCCCAGGACGGCCAGGGUUUUUGAUGACUCCACCUCCUCUAUUCAAAGGCCCUCCGGGAGAUCCAGGGCUCCCUGGCUGCUAUGGAGAAAUGGGGGAUGUUGGGCCUCCUGGUCCUCCUGGUCCCUCCGGUCCACCAGGGGAAACCUGUCCAGGCAUAAUGGGACUCCCCGGGCCGCCAGGGUUUCCCGGGCAUCCAGGAGUUCCAGGGGCACCUGGUAUCCCUGGGAGACCUGACUUGGCUCCAGGGAAACCAGGGCACCCAGGACCACCUGGGUUGCCUGGACCGCCAGGACUUCAGGGACCUCCAGGAUCAGAUGCCAUAUAUUGUAGAGUUGGGUACCCUGGACCACAAGGAGUGAAAGGCAAAAUGGGUCCUCCAGGAAGAAGAGGCUCAAAAGGAGAAAAAGGAAAUGCGGGGCUCUGUGCCUGUAAGCCUGGUCCCAUGGGCUCGCCGGGCCUCCCAGGACUUCCUGGGAGGCAGGGUAGUAAGGGAGACUUGGGGCCCCCUGGCUGGCCUGGAGAAAAAGGUCACCCAGGCCCUCCUGGUGCUGAAGGAUCUCCAGGGCCACCAGGAGAACCUGGCGCUCCAGGACCACCUGGCAACAAAGGAGAAAAGGGAGACAUGGUUGUAGCAAGAGUUAAAGGACGCAAAGGGGAAAGAGGUCCUGAUGGGCUCCCAGGACUUCCAGGAGAGCGGGGACAACAUGGUUUGGAUGGACAUCCUGGAGCAAAAGGGGAUCCAGGACUCCCGGGGGAUCAUGAAGACGCAGCCCCAGGAGAUCGAGGGCCUCCCGGACGGCCAGGCCCCCCUGGCAGAGAAGGACCGAGGGGGCCUCCGGGACUGGGAUUUCCUGGCCCACUGGGAGAAAGGGGCCCACCAGGAGCCCCAGGCCGCCCGGGUGAGAGGGGCCCUGCUGGCUUGAAGGGUCAGAAAGGUGACACAAUUUUUUAUAACGUCAGCUAUCCCGGGAAGCCAGGCCCUCCGGGUGCUGAUGGACCUCCAGGUCCAAAGGGAUUUCCAGGUCCUUGGGGUGCUCCUGGGCUGAGAGGUUUGGAUGGGCAAAAAGGUCAGCCCGGCAAACCAGGAACAUCAAAAAUACCUGGUCCACCUGGUGUUCGUGGUGCCACGGGAGAUCCAGGUUUGGAAGGGGACAAGGGCUCCUCUCCGGCUGGGCCCCCAGGCCUUCCUGGUUUACCUGGACUGGAUGGUCAGAAAGGAAUCCCUGGAGACCCUGCUUAUGGCCACCCAGGACCCCCAGGAAAGAGAGGUCCUACGGGAAUGCCAGGGUUGAAAGGACUCAGGGGCGACCCAGGAUAUCCUGGGCCUGCAGGGCCAGCUGGCAUGCCCGGAAUCCCUGGUCUCAAAGGUCCUAAAGGCAGAGAGGGAAGUGCUGGGUUUCCAGGUAUCCCAGGUCUACCUGGCCAUUCCUGUGAAAGAGGCGCUCCGGGAACACCAGGGCCACCGGGACUCCCCGGGGCUCCAGGCAGCCCAGGCGACCCAGGCUGGAAAGGACAGCGAGGGGAUGUGGGGCCUCCUGGACCAGCUGGGAUGAAGGGCCUCCCAGGAGCCCCAGGAAAGCCAGGGGCAGAUGGACCCCCAGGCCCCCCGGGAAUCCCAGGCCCCUCUGGGGAUGAUGGACUACCUGGUCUCCCAGGCCCCAAAGGACCCCAGGGGCUGCCUGGCUUGCCAGGUUUUCCUGGAGAGAGAGGAGAGCCUGGCCUGGAGGGACACCGUGGCAAAAAGGGGGACUCCGGAGAGAAGGGUUGGCCCGGCUUUGGGGGGGACCAGGGAGAGAGAGGUGCUAAAGGAGAGACAGGACCCCCAGGAGAUGAAGGAGAAAUGGCUAUAAUUUCCAAAAAGGGGAAAACCGGGGAAACUGGACCUCCUGGAGAUGAUGGACCCCCAGGAGUAGAAGGUGAUAAAGGCGACCCUGGGUUCCUGGGGAGAAGAGGAGAGCCGGGAAGACAGGGACCACCUGGAUUUCACAGAGGGGAGCCAGGUGAAAACGGGCAGCCUGGCCUUCCUGGACCCCCGGGCCCUCCAGGCUUCCCCGGGCCUAGAGGGAUCAUUGGUUUUCCAGGAUUUCCAGGUGACCAGGGUGAGCCGGGUUCUCCGGGGCGCCCUGGACCUUCCGGAGUUGAUGGAAUGAGAGGACCUAAAGGAAACAAAGGUGAUCCUGCAAGUCAGCUCGGGCCACCCGGUCCAAAGGGUGAGCCAGGCAGCCCUGGGUGUCCAGGGCAUGUGGGCGCACCUGGAGACAGGGGCUGGCCUGGAGCGGAAGGGCCCAGCGGACCACCAGGAAGGCCAGGACCUCUGGGCUCCCCCGGACCGUUGGGGUGUCCAGGUAACCCAGGGAGGCCUGGCCCCACGGGACCUGCAGGAGAAAUGGGGGAUCCUGGACCAAGAGGCCUCAUCGGGGAUCCAGGGCCGCCAGGUCUGCCGGGGAUAAAGGGUCCCCCCGGGUUACCCGGCCUGAACGGCUUGCAUGGUUUAAAGGGACAGAAAGGAAUGAAAGGAGCUUCAGGUCUGAAGGAGGUGGGCCCACCCGGGCCAAUGGGCAUGCCUGGGCCAAAAGGGGAGAGAGGAGACCCCGGAAGUCCAGGAAUUUCUCCUCCAGGCCUUUUUGGAGAAAAAGGCCCCCCAGGCCCUCCAGGGAGACCUGGCCCACCUGGGCCUCCAGGAGCCCCAGGAAGAGCUCCCAAGGUUGACAUUCGUUACCCGGGUCCUCCUGGAGAUCAAGGACCGCCUGGCCCUGAUGGUCCACGAGGACCACCCGGGCCUCCAGGCCCCCCUGGAAGUGUUGACCUUGUGCAAGGGGAACCAGGUGAAUGUGGCCUGCCGGGGCCCCCAGGGCCCCCUGGCCCACCGGGCCCUCCCGGACGCAAAGGCUUCCCAGGAUGUGACGGGGAAGAUGGCCGGAAAGGACCAAUGGGAUUCCCGGGGCCGCAGGGGCCGCACGGACUUCCCGGGUCACCUGGAGAGAAGGGUUUACCUGGCCCUCCAGGCAGACACGGGCCCCCCGGGCCUCCAGGUUCCAGAGGUGAACCGGGGCCACCUGCAGAUUUGGAUUCCUGCCCCCGAAUCCCAGGGCUUCCUGGGGUGCCAGGCCCAAGAGGACCAGAAGGAGCCAUGGGGUUCCCCGGAAUGAGAGGCCUUCCGGGACCAGGGUGCAAAGGACAGCCCGGGCUGGAUGGCAGGAGGGGCGAGGAUGGCACCCCAGGGCCUCCUGGGCCUCCGGGACACAAAGGUGACAUGGGAGAAGCCGGCUUCCCCGGAGCACCAGGCCCUCCUGGGCCCAUUGGGGAUCCUGGGCCCAGGGGUGUCGGUCCUGGAUACCUCAGCGGCUUCCUCCUGGUUCUCCACAGUCAGACGGAUGGAGAGCCCACCUGCCCCGUGGGCAUGCCCAGGCUCUGGACGGGCUACAGUCUGCUCUACCUGGAGGGACAGGAGAGAGCUCACAACCAAGACCUUGGUCUGGCAGGGUCCUGCCUCCCCGUGUUUAGCACACUGCCCUUUGCCUACUGCAACAUCCACCAAGUGUGCCACUACGCCCGGAGAAACGACAGGUCCUACUGGCUCGCCACCGCUGCUCCUCUGCCCAUGAUGCCGCUGUCGGAGGAGGACAUCCGCCCGUACAUCAGCCGCUGUGCCGUGUGCGAGGCCCCCGCCCAGGCGGUGGCGCUGCACAGCCAGGACCAGUCCAUCCCCCCGUGUCCGCGGGCCUGGCGGAGCCUCUGGAUCGGGUACUCCUUCCUGAUGCACACAGGAGCUGGGGACCAAGGAGGAGGGCAGGCCCUCAUGUCACCUGGCAGCUGCCUGGAAGACUUCAGAGCAGCUCCUUUCCUGGAAUGCCAAGGCCGGCAGGGCACGUGCCACUUUUUUGCAAAUAAGUACAGCUUCUGGCUGACAGUGGUCAAACCACACUUGCAAUUUGCUGAGCCACCGUCACCAGACACCUUGAAAGACAGUCAGGCCCAGCGCCAGAAAAUCAGCAGGUGCCAGGUCUGUGUGAAGGUUAGCUAGAGAACCUGUGACGCGCUGUGACGCCCAGAGGAACUUCGUGGGGGACCCAGUCGUCCCAGACUGUGCUGUGAGAUUUAGUGGUGCUCACCUUGGACUCCUGUGCUAGCGGUUCAUGCUGUUCCAUCGUGGUUAUUCCCACAGUACUGUACUUCCCUGCUCUGUGCUGGAUGGACUAAGCAAAUGCUACGCGUAUGGAUAUGGUUGGAACCACCAACCUAGAUGGAACCCAGAUAGCCCUAUUUUAUUGAGGAGGGUAGAAGAGCUGGCCUUACGUUAAAAAAAAAAAUUGCUAAUUCACAGGGAGGCUAAUAGAUGAUGAAGGGCAGAUUACAAAUUACAUUUACUGAAAACUCCAUUCAUUGGUUAAUAGCACCUCAAACAAUUGAAGUCAAUUACUCUGGAAAACAGGGGGCUUCUGGAUGGAUUUUACAGGCAAAAAUAAAUAGGCCAACAAAUGAAACUGGAAAGUAGAGAUUUCCAACAUUUCAAAAUGAUUUCCUCUGUAAUCUAUUUUUCCAUGCACUUUAAAUAAUUGUAAAACCAUAACCCAAGGAGAUUUAAAAAAAAAAAAAAAUCCACACAGCCAGUGUUCACAGUUCAUUUCAAAGCAGAGUGAAUCAUUGUGCCAGAAAGGACCACAGUUGCUAUAUCUAGGGAUGCGACAUUAGCAUAAACACAUUACGGAUGCACGUAAAACAUUAUGUUCUCUUCUGCGUUUUUCAGAGAAUAGAAAUGCCUACUCUGGCAACCCUUUGAAAAGUAGCAAUUAUGGAAAAAAUAUAUUCAAUAAGGGAUUAAGAGCCUAAAAGCUAUUAAUGAAUAUUAAGACAGUGAUUCACAAAAAUUGACUCCCCAUUGCAGUGAACUUUCAAACAGACGGCUUUUCCCCUGUCGGGGUCCAGCUUGUCCUCGGUGUGUGCGUGCUAAUGGGACUGAAGCCACAUGGGGCUCCCUCAGGCGGCGCGCGGCUCAUACAAAGCAUCUCGCUCUCCCCAGCAGCCCCUGCGGAGCUGGCGCACAGCCCACAGUGGACACUCUGCCUCCUACGCAUAACAGCAUCUCAUAUGGGGAGGUGACAGAGCUAUCGUUAUGCACUUGGGAGAAAAUGGAGGGCCGACUUAAUUAAACUUAGGUAAGAAGAUUCAUUUAAGUCACGGUCACUCUCCCAGAAAGACAUGGCACUAUCUUUAAACGAAACAAAGACAACCUACAAUUUGAAUUUUAUAUUCCUGUUAUGGAUUUUCACAGGAGCAUCCUGUUUUGCCAAUUUCAAAAACAUCCUUAUAUUUUCUAUCAGUAUUAUACCACGGAAGCAGUGUGACACUUGGUGCUAAUAUUUUCUGUAAAAGUUUAGAAGUUAUGUCAAUUUAUAAUGAGUAGUUUUUCUGAAUAGCAAAGAAUAUGUUUUCUGUUUUGCCAUGGUUUCAGUGGUCUAAUCCUAAAUAUCAAAAGGCUGGUUGAAAAAGAUUUUUAGGAAACUUGCCUUUCUCAUUAAAAAAGAAAAGUCACUUUAGAGAAAAUGAAAGACAUUUCUCAUGAGAGAGUGACACGUUUUAGUACUUCGUUUCAAUGCACUUAAAAAUAAUUGAGAGAAGAAAAACUCAAUUAAAAGUUUGUUUAUAAGAAAUAUUUUCCUUGCCAAACAUUGAUUAGGAAUGUGCCCUUAUAGGCAGAACAUCUUCCAGUGGGUCUUGUUAUGGGGUUUCCCCAGAUGACAGUUCAUUUUAAGAAUACUUUCUGGUAGAAAUAACAAUGUAUGUUUUUAGAUGAAAUACUUUCUUGGUGUACCUGUUCAUGUGGCCCAUUUAUUUUUUUAAACUAUGCUAUGGCAUGUUACAUAUUUUUGAGCACCUGAAAUUUUAGCUCCUGCUCUUUCUACCAGUGAUGCACCGCCCCCACCCCAUGAAGUUGACCUGCCAGCCGAUUCAAAGACUGGGUGAGUUGAGGGGGAGGAGCGGAUGUGAAUUUCCCCGGGAGACUUGGAGCUGAGCACGCUGCCCCGUCCCUCCGCGGCUCCUGUCAUGUCUUGUCACACUUCCUCCUUUCUCUUGCUAGAAUGUGAGCCCCUCAUUGUCAUCACCUGCCAGGGCAGGACCAGGCUCCACUCACCUUUGCGGGCCCAAUGCCCAUAUAGCUGAGCAGGUCACACACACAGUUCUUUUUUCACUGACAACUCAAUAGGCCAUUAGGCAUUAGAUGUUUUGCUCUGCAUAUGGGCUUCUCAUGGGCAAAAUGGUAACCAGUACGGACCAUUUCUUAUUUCCAAAUGUUUGAAUGUGACAACCUAAUUGCACACCCAUCCACGGUCUCUUCUUACAAUUACUCACAGGAAGCCAAUUGAUAAACUUUAACCAUCACCCUCUCCUGGAGAAGAGCCGCUUUUCCAGAAACUGAAAUUUCAGAAAUUAGAUUUGAGAGAUGUGGGUGAGAGAAGACUUCUCAUUGAAAUGUGACAUGACUUCACUUGGGCUGAAAUCUCUCUACCCUCGUGGUGGGAGAGCUUCCAAGUACAAGAUCACCUCUGAAACAUUGGCAUACACGUCGGUGCUUAGGAAAAUAGUCAAUGGAAUGGUGCACUAACACUGGAUCUUAUCAAAGAUUUUAUUUUGAGCCUCUUGUCGAUUACAACAAAGCAAAUCAUUCUGUGUGUUCCAGGAAAGUACACGAGAUUUAUGUUUCUAUGAGCUCACCAGGCUAACUUGAUAAUUGUUUCUUUUAUGUGGCAUGGCUGCAAGGAUAGUGGACACAUGCGGCCUUUUGAACGGGUUGAAUCCAGGUUUGAAUCUGGCUCUGGCACUUUUUGCUGUUACCUUGAGUGAGUUACACCAAUUCCCUGAGUCCCGUUUCUCUCAUGUAUAAAAUGGGACAUCACACCUGCUCUUUCACUGGAAAUUAAGUUUGAUUUUAUGCCUAAUACACAGCAAUCAUUGUACAUUGAUUAUGGUCACAUGUUCUAUUUAAAACAAAUCAUUUAAUAUGAAAAACAUUUCUGUUUCUUUUCUACAUAGAAUUAUGAUUCUCACGGGCAUAUAAAUGACUAAUUAGAAUUAUUUAAACCUGGCCGAUUAUUAAUGUCUGAAUAAUGCUAUUUUAUUUCAAUUCUUAAAAUUACUAUACCACCAAAAAAAAGUCACAAUUUCCUGCAGGGACAUUGUCAGGAAGUUCUGCAGGGAACAAAACAAUUGACAUUAAAAAUCAGUACUCUGCAAUUGUCACUGUUAUUAUCUGCCAGAGAUUCUGCAUAAUGCAUUUGAAACUACCAAGGCUGCCUGCCACAGCCAUGCAAAAUGCUUGAAUUUUAUGGUGCUUAAAUAUUUAAUGAUUCAUAGGAAAAAUGUGAAACGGGUCCAAUAAAUUGCAUCCCUUUCUCUAACCUAUGGUUGUAAAGUUAAAGACUUUUAAUAUGUACCAUUUGCAAGGUGCCUGGUCUGCUAUUGACACUUAAGUCUUUG